UCCCCAGACGGCACGGUCAUCCGCCUCCCCGUCCUCGCCGACGCGGCCGGGCAGACGUUCGUCGACAUUCAGCGCCUGUACCCCGCGCACAAGAUAUGCGCGUUCGACCCGGGCUUCAAUUCCACCGCGUCGUGCCGCUCCGCCAUCACGUUCAUCGACGGCGAACGCGGCCGACUGACGUAUCGCGGGUACCCGAUCGAGGACCUCGCCGCGAGAGGCGACAUGGCGGACUGCGCGUGCCUCCUGCUGCGCGGGACGCUGCCGAACAAGACGCAACGCGGGGAGUUUCGACAUCUCGCGCGGUCGCACCGCAUGGUGCACGAGCAUCUCAUUCGAUUCUUCAACGGGUUCAACCACGACGCGCAUCCCAUGGCGAUCAUGGUCUCCGUCGUCGGCGCGCUGUCCGCGUUCUACGACGACAAGCACAUGACGUACGAGAACGCGGAGCAGCGGUACAUCACCGGCGUCAGGGUGUUCGCGAAGAUGGCGACCAUCGCGGCCAUGGCGUACAAGACGGCGCACGGACAGCCCAUCGUGUACCCGCGCGACGACCUCAACUACGCGCAGAAUUUCAUGUACAUGAUGUUCGCGCUCCCGACGCGGCGGUACGCGCUGGAUCCGACCGCGGCGAGGUGCUUGGAGGUGAUUCUAAUGCUGCACGCGGACCACGAGCAGAACGCGAGCACGAGCACGGUGAGAAUCGCGGGGUCGUCUCAGGCGAAUCCGUUUGCGUGCGUCGCCGCCGGCGUCGCGUCGCUGUGGGGCCCCGCGCACGGCGGCGCGAACGAGGCGGUGCUCGAGAUGCUCGAGGAGAUCGGGAGCGUGGAGAACAUCCCGUCGUGCGUGAAGCGCGCGAAGGACAAGUCCGAUCCGUUCCGUCUGAUGGGGUUCGGGCACAGGCUGUAUAAAAACGUCGACCCGCGAGCGGCGUUGAUGCGAAACAUGUGCCACACGCUUCUGUCGCACCUGAAGAUCACGGACCCGCUCUUGACGAUCGCGAUGGAGCUCGAGAAGGUGGCGCUGAGCGACGAGUACUUCAUCUCUCGGAAGCUGUACCCGAACGUGGACUUUUACAGCGGGAUCUGUUUCCGAGCGCUCGGGAUUCCGCGAAACAUGUUCACCGUCAUCUUCGCCGUCGGGCGGUCGCUGGGAUGGAUAUCGCAGUGGUGCGAGAUGGCGUCCGAGCCCGUGGUUAGGAUAUCGCGGCCGCGGCAGAUGUACGACGGCGAGUUAGAGCGCGCGUUCGUGCCCAUCGGCGAGAGGACCAACGGAGGGGGCGGCGGGGAGAGCGAAGGCGAAGGCGGCGGCGGCGACGGCGAAGGAGAGGACCGAGAGCCCGCCGUCGUCAAGCGAAGUUCGUUUUGUUCCGAGGAGGACGACGAGAUUGUAAACGUCCUGUCGGGGGAGGUCAGGAUGCUGGACGUGCACGUCGCGAACACGCAGCAGGCGUGA